AUGAGUUGUCCGGCAUUGUUCAAUGCAUGGCUCCACUCGGGAGCAGAGCAUCUACAGCUUCGCGCAUCAUCCAGCAAUCCAGCUAUAAUACCCUCUCGGAAAGCAGCCUAUGAAAAGCUUGUCAUGCAGCGAGAGGCUAUCGUCAGUUUAAAGAAAGUGAUCGAAACCGGUCGUACAGACAUGAUCACUGAUGAGAUUGUUAUGAGUGCUUUUGCGCUGACUCUACAUCCACCAGAGCGGAGAAAAGGUGCAGCUGUUCGGAUGAGAUCAGCUCCGCUAUCCAAUCUGCAAUGGCUGUCAAGAUUCACGGAUAUUGUGAUAUCGGAUGAGCAAGUGCAAGGUUUGCGCCAUCUUGUUAAUGCCAGAGGAGGAUUUGAUAAGCUUGAGAUGCCCGGUUUGAAGCAAGGGCUAUCAACGUUCAACCUUUUGGUGGCAAGCAAGAGUCUAACACAACCAUUCUGGCCGCUUCGGUCUGGCCUUGAAGCCGAAGCCAUAUCGAAAUUCUUGUCUAGCCUCCAAGAAUCUCCCAGAGAGAAUGAAUCCUCAUUAUGGUCAAGCUUGAUUUUCCCAGAAUCCAUGACAUGGGAGGUCCAAGCUGUUUCCCUAUACACCGCGAUGCUGCACGACUACUCAAAGGGACUCCUGCCCGGUUUGAACACCGGCUAUGUGCUCGAGAUACGGAACUCAAUUCAUUACCAUAUGAUGAGCCUGCCUAGCAUUCUCGAACACUCAGAUAUUAUGGAAACUUCUUCGCUGGAGUACGAAGCCUGUCGAUUGGGCCUCGUUGUCUACAGUCUUCUCAUCUUGUUCCCCGUCCCAUUAAUGACAGAGCCCUACCCAGACCUUGCGCAGCUACUGAAAAAUGAGCUUGUUCACUUACGGGUCGAUCCAAGCCCCUGGAUGUCAAAUCUGGACUUGUUGCUUUGGCUGCUCACUAUGGGUGGAAUAGCUGCUUUGGGAACUAAUACCCGUUGGUGGUAUAUUCAGCAGAUUCAAUGGGUGACUGCGAUGCUGGAACUUCAUACCUGGGAGCAUUUCAAAUCAACUGUGGCUUCCAUCCUUUGGCUGGAUAGUCCCUGUGAUUUUGAAGGACUGGCUCUGUGGGAAGAAAGUUGCAUCAUUGGUGCAUGA